GGGGGCGGCGGGGCCGGGAAGUCGGGCGCUUUAUCUUCGUCUGCGGUGGGGCUGGCUGCGUUGCCGGCGUGGGGAGUCCGGAGAGCGCCCGGGGGCUGACCUUCCCGCCAGCCGCGCUGUGACGGCUUGUCGGCGUUGCCCUCCUUGCUGAGGCCCCAGCUGCCGGGCUCGGGCCCCAGGCAACACAAUGGUGGGUGAAGAGAAGAUGUCGCUGAGAAGACGGCUGUCAAAGUCCAGUGAAGACACUGAGGAAAAGGAGGAAAGCCAGGGAGACCGUUCGGAGGAGCCCCUGGAGAUACUGAGUAAUGGUCGGAAUGACUUAAAACAGUUGAUAGCGAAGAAGAUACAACUGACAGCAGAGGCAGAGGAAUUGAAGCCAUUUUUUAUGAAGGAAGUUGGCAAUCACUUUGAUGAUUUUGUGACCAAUCUCAUUGAAAAAUCUACGUCAUUAGACAAUGGAGGUUGUUCUCUGACAUCCUUUUCUGUUCUUGGAGAGAACCACCACAGAGCUAAAGAUCAGAGAGCGCGUCCAGAACAUGGAAAGAUUUUUGUUAUCAGGCGAUCUCUCUUAGAUGAGCUGUUUGAGGUGGACCAUAUCAGAACAAUAUAUCACAUGUUCAUUGCCCUCUUCAUUCUCUUCAUCCUCAGCACACUUGUGGUAGAUUACAUUGAUGAAGGAAGGCUGGUGCUUGAUUUCAAUCUCAUGUCUUACGCUUUUGGCAAAUUUCCCGUUGUUACAUGGACAUGGUGCACCAUGUUCUUAUGUACACUUUCAGUUCCCUAUUUCCUGUUUCAACGCUGGGCCAGAGGGUAUCACAGGAGUUCUCAUCCAGUGGUCUAUUCUCUCUUAUAUUGCUUCCUUUUUGUGGUCUUCCAGACUGUAGUGUUAGGUUUUGGACCACCUUAUGUUGUGCUAGCAUAUACACUGCCACCAGCUUCCCGGUGCAUUAUUAUACUUGAACAGAUUCGUUUGAUAAUGAAGGCCUAUUCAUUUGUCAGAGAGAAUGUGCCUCGGGUACUAAAUUCAGCCAAGGAGAAUUCAAGCACUGUUCCAAUACCUACUGUCAACCAGUACUUGUAUUUCUUGUUUGCUCCUACCCUCAUCUACCGUGACAACUAUCCCAGGACUCCCAGUGUAAGAUGGGGUUAUGUGGCUAUGCAGUUUGCACAGUUUUUGGGAUGCCUUUUUUACAUGUACUACAUCUUCAAAAGGCUCUGCAGCCCCUUGUUUCGGAAUAUCAAAGAGGAGCCCUUCAGCGCCCGUGUUCUGGUCUUAUGUGUAUUUAACUCCAUCUUGCCAGGUGUGCUGAUACAGCUCCUUAUUUUUUUUGCCUUUUUGCACUGCUGGCUCAAUGCCUUUGCUGAGAUGUUACGCUUUGGUGACAGGAUGUUUUAUAAGGUAAUGUUAUCUGCUCCCUUAGUACCACAUUUGGUUCCUGCUGGAUCCUGUGUUGGUGAUUAUUUUUUCACUAAGAAGUUCAGGUCAGCCGCCAUGCUGGCCGUCUUUGCCGUGUCUGCCGUCGUGCACGAGUAUGCCUUGGCUCUCUGCUUGAACUUUUUCUACCCUGUACUCUUUGUGCUCUUCAUGUUCUUUGGAAUGGCUUUCAACUUCCUUGUCAACGAUAGUCGGAAAAGGCCAAUUUGGAACGUUUUAAUGUGGGCUUCCCUUUUCACGGGCCACGGAGUCAUCCUGUGCUUUUAUUCUCAAGAGUGGUAUGCACGUCAGCGCUGUCCUCUGAAAAAUCCCACAUUUCUGAGUUAUAUCCAGCCCCAUUCCUGGACUUGUGGCUACACGUCUUAGAAGCUGGGACUUUGUUUCCUUCCUCGACACUGAAGAUUGAGUGUGUUCUACCUGAUUUGGGGCCAGCAUCUGUUUCCAGUCAUUCCUGAAGUCACGUAUGUCAUUUGGACCACUGCAGGCUUACAGAGCUCCCUCCAUUCAUAGGUCACCUGAAGCUGAGCUGUUGGAAAUUUACUGGAUGCUCGUACACUUGAGCAAUUCUUAAUUUUUUCCUUUUUGGGAGAAGGGAGACUUACAGCUGAUUUAAUGAUAGAUUUUUGCUGGGUCAUAUUGGCUUUAAAUCUCAGACAUUCUGUUUUGUUUCUUAACUCCAUCUAAUCAGAGACUAAACAUUAUGUUUUUUUGGCUACUGAAUUAGCCAAAGCACUGAUGAAGAAAUCAUUUAAAUACCUCUGACUCAGAAAUUUUGACAUGUACACUGUUGGAAUGUAUGCUAAAUAACCAUGCAAUUGGGCAAGAAAAUAAUGUGGAAUGUUUUGCUAUUUCUAGUAGAAAGAGAGAAAAAUACCUAUUUUUUCAAAGAUAAUCUUGUUACACAUCCUAAUUUGUGGGAUUUAGUUCACUUCUAUUCAACUUUUAUCUUGUUUUUGUUGUACAGUAUAGGUCAUGGUAUUUGUGAAGCAAAAUUAUCCCUUUGACCUUGAAUUCUUGAGUUUGCAUCCAUAAUAUUAUGUAUUGAGGGGAGCAGAAGUAGGAGGGGAAAAAGAAAAAAGUGGCACAGGACAAAGGAAAAUAUUUUCUUUUAAUACCUUUGGAAGUAAUUUUUUAAAAGAACUUGCAGAAUCAAUCGUUUGUUUAAAUUAUUUUAUCGUGGUACUUGUGUGGAAGAUAACUUUUUUAUUGUUUAUUAAACUGUAAGAUGACUUCUUUGAAGUUACUUAGAAGUAACCUUUGGUAUAGUUAUUUUAUUGUCUAAUAAAUACUGAUUUGAAAAUUUUGCAGACUAGUAAGUCUGUAACAUUAAGUAUUAAUCACCAUUAAUAUUAAACUGAAUAUUAAAGAUCCAGCAACUGGCUUCUGCAUUUGAUCAAUUAUUAUACUUUUAAUGGUAGUAUACUUUAGGUGCAACAAAUUAAUAUGUGAUCAUUUGCAAGAAAAUGUACUUUAUAAAGUGUGAUGUUCCCAUGUUAUAAGAUGUCUAUAGCUAAUACAGUGUGGUGUGUAGGGCUGAUUUUGGCUGCUUGUAUGAGGUAUGAUUAUAUUUGUCAAGACUGAGCUUUGGAAGGGAUAUUGGACACCAUAUUCAACUUUCCACACAUGGAAGUGAGACUUAAGAAUUACCCAAAAUAUUUUUGUUAUUUGGAGCAGUCACCUUGAGAAGCUGUCUUGGUAUUCUGGCAGCCCUCCUGUUAUCCAGAAGGUUUUGGGAAAUUUUUGCAAAUUGUUUUAGUCAGUUUGAAUCUCACAAGAAGGUAAGUAGAGUUCCUGCAUAGUCACAACGUAGUUUGCACCACAAGUACCCAGCGUAGUCACCAUUUUUGUUUUCCAUACUUUUCAUCCAGUUGAGUGUAGGCAGAUCCAGACUUAACAGACAGAAGUGUACCUCGAAGAAGGUUAUUUUUAAAAAGCUACUUCCCCGUGUCCCCAAACAGUAAUUAUUUGUACAGCGGUAUUGUGCUUGCAACGGAAUAACCUCUAAAUAAGCCUGCUUUAAUAUAGCUUGUAACUUCUGGCAUUUUGAUUAAAAAUUAAAAUGAAUCAGUCACUUGAAUUUUUAACUACAUUUUAAAUUGAGUGAGCUGAGAAAAACAGACUGGUCUAAACAGACUGGGUUAUGAGUAGGCAAGUGGAAUUCUGAAGUUUACUAUAUUUUCUGUUGAGUACUGUAAGUGUGUGGUCUCACUGGGAGGACUUCGUUGCUCUGUACUGAUUCUGAGUACUGUAUUUAUUGGACUGAUCAAGAAAACCUCUUUGUCUUCUCUUUGCUUAUUAGUGAUUUUUUUUUCUGCCCAGGAUUUUUAAGUGACAACAAAUAAUGUGUAUGUAACUGUCAGCUCUUUAGAAUGAUAAAACCGUCCUAAAAAAUUUUCUUAAACACUUAAAGGAAUAGUCCCUUUCUGUGGAAGAUGCUAGUUUGAUUGCCUUGGUCUUACUGCUCGCUGCUUAACGAGAGUCGUUCUUUUAAGUAACUACCUACACUCUUUAAACAAGUCAAUUAAAACUAAAACUUCCUAUUGA